AAGGAAGUCUGAGCUGGGAUCACUCUGCCUUCUCGCCCAUUUUGCCGUCCCUGCUGCGGAAACUGAUCUAGCUUCUUUGGGCGCUUCGGUCUGUCCCCGUUUUUCCCUGCGUGCUCCUCUGGUCUCUUGCUUUUCCCCCUUCUAGCUCAGGUUGCUUCCCUAAAUUCCCAAAUGAGUUUUGGUCUCUCCCCUUUCCCCCGGGAGCGCAAGGAUCUUCUCUGUUUUUCCCUUGGAGCUGAGAUCUCUCGGCAGUCCUGCACCCAGGCCUGUGCUUGCAGCUCCCAGGGAGCCUGGAGCCAGAGGGAAUGGGCCCUGAGAGCCUCGGACCUCGGCAGGAGGUUGUGACAUUCAAGGACCUGGCUGUGAACUUUACCCAGGAGGAGUGGGGGCUCUUGGACCCCUCUCAGAAGGAGCUGUACAAGGAGGUCAUGGUGGAGAACGCCCGGAACCUGCUCUCCUUAGGGCUUCCAGUUCCCCGAGAAGAGGCGAUCUCUUAUUUUGAGCAAAGGGAAGCACUGUGGAUGCUGGACCAAGAAGGUCCGAGGAAAUAUUCUCCAGGAGAGAUCAGACUUGAAAUGAAAGAAACUCCUGCAGAACUAAGCCAUUCUGUGGUAGAAACUCCCAAGCAGUGGCUCAUGGGUGAUGGAUCCUGUGACUUUACUUGGACAAAAAGCUGUGCAGCACAUGAGAGAAUCCAGCUUAGAGAGAGACAUUGUGAAUAUAUCGAAUGUGGAAAAGAUUUUAUAAAAAAGGAAAAUCUUAUUGUACAAUCGAGAAUCCACACGGGACAAACACCUUAUAAAUGUAACCAGGGUGGAAAGUCUUUUAGAGAAAAGGUAGUUCUUACUAGACAUCAGAGAAUUCACAUUGGAGAGAAACCUUAUAAAUGUAACCAAUGUGGAAAGUCAUAUGGAAAGAAGGGAGAUCUUACUAGACAUCAGAUAAUUCACACUGGAGAGAAGCCUUAUGAAUGUAACCAGUGUGGAAAGGCGUUUAUAAAAAAAGAAUCUCUUACUAUACAUCAGAGAAUCCACACUGGAGAGAAACCUUAUGAAUGUAACCAAUGUGAAAAGUAUUUUAGAAGCAAGGGAGUUCUUACUGUACAUCAGAGAAUCCACAUUGGAGAGAAACCUUAUGAAUGUAACCAAUGUGAAAAGGAUUUUAGAAGCAAGGGAGCUCUUACUGUACAUCAGAAAAUCCACACUGCAGAGAAGCCUUAUGAAUGUUACCAGUGUGGAAAAGGUUUUAGAAAAAAGGAAUCUCUUUUUUUACAUCAGAGAAUCCACACUGAAAAGAAGCCUUAUGAAUGUAACCAGUGUGGAAAAUCAUUUGGAAGCAAGGGAGAUCUUACUAGACAUCACAUAAUGCACACUGGAGAGAAGCCUUAUGAAUGUAACCAGUGUGGAAAGGUGUUUAUAAAAAAAGAAUCUCUUACUGUACAUCAGAGAAUCCAUACUGGAGAGAAACCUUAUGAAUGUAACCAAUGUGAAAAGGAUUUUAGAAGUAAGGGAGCUCUUACUGUACAUCAGAGAAUCCACACUGGAGAAAAACCUUAUAAAUGUAAUCACUGUGGAAAUGCUUUUAGAAGCAAGGGAGGUUUUAAUGCACAUCAGAGAAUCCACACUGGAGAGAAACCUUAUGAAUGUAACUACUGCGGAAAGGCUUUUAGAAUCAAGGGAGGUUUUAAUGCACAUCAGAGAAUACACACUGGAGAGAAACCUUAUGAAUGUAAUCAAUGUGGAAAGUCAUUUGGAAGCAAAGGAGAACUUACUAGACAUCAGAUAAUACACACUGGAGAGAAACCUUAUGAAUGUAACCACUGUGGAAAGGCUUUUAGAGAAAAGGGAGCUCUUACUGUACAUCAGAGAAUCCACACUGGAGAGAAACCUUAUAAAUGUAACCAAUGUGGAAAGGCUUUUAGAGAAAAGGUAGUUCUUACUAGACAUCAGAGAAUCCACACUGGAGAGAAACCUUAUAAAUGUAACCAAUGUGGAAAGUCAUUUGGAAGGAAGGGAGAUCUUACUAGACAUCAGAAAAUGCACACUGGAGAGAAGCCUUAUGAAUGUAACCAGUGUGGAAAAGGUUUUAGAAAAAAGGAAUCUCUUUUUUUACAUCAUAGAAUUCACACUGGAGAGAAGCCUUAUGAAUGUAGCCAGUGUGGAAAAUCAUUUGCAAGCAAGGGAGAUCUUACUAGACAUCAGAUAAUGCACACUGGAGAGAAGCCUUAUGAAUGUAACCAGUGUGGAAAGGCUUUUAGAAGGAAGGGAAAUCGUACUGCACAUCAGCAAAUACACAAUGGAGAAAAACCUUUUGAAUGUAACCAAUGUGGAAAGCGUUUUAGAAGAAAGGGAGGUCUUACCGAACAUCAGAUGGUGCACACUGGAGAGAAGCCUUAUGAAUGUAACCAGUGUGGAAAGGUUUUUAGAAGGAAGGGAAAUCUUAUUGUACAUCAGCAAACACACACUGGAGAGAAAUCUUAUCAAUGUAACCAGUGUGGAAAAGGUUUUAUAAAAAAGGGAGCUCUUGUUUUACAUCAGAGAAUCCACACUGGAGAGAAGCCUUAUGAAUGUAACCAGUGUGGGAAAUGUUUUAUAAUAAAGGGAACUUUUAUUUUACAUCAGACAAUACACACUGGAGAGAAAUCUUAUGAAUGUAACCAAUGUGGAAAGUCAUUUGGAAGCAAGGGAGAUCUUACUGUACAUCAGAGAAUCCACACUGGAGAGAAACCUUAUGAAUGUAACCAAUGUGGAAAGGCUUUUAGAAGCAAGGGAGGUUUUAUUGGACAUCAGAGAAUCCACACUGGAGAGAAGCCUUAUGAAUGUAACCAAUGUGGAAAGACUUUUAAAUAUAAGGUAUCUCUUACUGUACAUCAGGUAAUCCACACUGGAGAGAAACCUUAUGAAUGUAAUCAGUGUGGAAAAGCUUUUAGAGAUAAGGGCAAACUUAUUGUACAUCAGAGAAUCCACACUGGAGAAAAACCUUAUGAAUGUAAUCAAUGUGGGAAGGCUUUUAGAGAAAAAGGAGUUCUUACUGUACAUCAGAGAAUCCACACUGGAGAGAAACCUUAUGAAUGUAACCAGUGUGGAAAAGGUUUUAGAAAAAAGGAAUCUCUUGUUUUACAUCAGAGAAUCCACACUGGAGAGAAGCCUUAUGAAUGUAACCAGUGUGGAAAAAGUUUUAUAAAAAAGGGAGCUCUUAUUUUACAUCAGAGAAUCCACACUGGAGAAAAACCUUAUGAAUGUAACCACUGUGGAAAGGCUUUUAGAAGGAAGGGAAAUCUUACUGUACAUCAGCAAACACACACUGAAAAAAAAUCUUAUGCAUGUAACCACUGUGGAAAGGUUUUUAGAAGGAAGGGAGCUCUUACUGGACAUCAAAUGAUACAUACUGGAGAGAAGCCUUAGGAAAGUAACCAAUAUUGAAAAGGUUUUAGCAAAAAGGAAUCUCUUAUUUUAUAUCAGAGGAUUCACACUGGAGUGAAGCCUUAUGAGGGUUACCAGUGUGGAAAGGCUUUUAGACAUAAAUCUAGUCUUACUGACCAUGCGCCUACCCACACUUGAGAUAAAUUUUAUAACUCUAAUCAAUGUUGGAAAGCUUUUACAAAUAGAGGAUUUCUUUCUAAAUAUCAAAAAAGCCAAACUGGACAGAAACCUGAAUGUAACCAAUGUGGGAAGGUUUUGGGGGGAAACCUGGGAUGCUAAUGUAUUGUUGGUGGACUUGUGAACGGAUCCAAUCAUUCUGUUCAGCAAUAUGUAACUAUGCCCAAAGGGCAAUCAAAAAAUGCAUAUCCUUUGAUCAAGCAUUGUUUCUACUGGGCUUAUUUGCCAAAGAGAUCCUAAAAGAGAGAAAAGGACCCACAUGUGCAGAAAUGUUUCUGCAGCCCUAUUUGUAGUGGCAAGAAACUGGAAACUGAGUGGAUGCCCAUUAAUUGAAGAAUGGCUGAAUAAAUCAUAGCACAUGAAUGUUAUGGAAUAUUAUUGUUCCAUAAGCAAUGAUCAGCAGGAUGAUACCAGAAAGGACUGGGGAGACCUACAUGAACUGAUGCAAAGUGAAGUGAGCAGAAUGGCAACAGCAAGACUAUACAAUGAUCAAUUCUGGGGUACAUGGAUCUUUUCAACAAUGACAUGAUUCAGAACAGUUCCUAGGAUCUUGUAAUGAAGAAAGCCAUCUACACUGAGAGAAGACUGUGGGAACUGAGUGUGGAUCACAACGUAGCAUUUGCACUCUUUGUGUUGUUUGCUUGCAUUUUGUUUUCUUUCUCAUUUCUUCCCCUUUUGAUCUUAUUUUUCUUAUACAACAGAAUAAUUGCAUAUACAUAUGUGCAUAUAUUGUAUUUAAGAUAUAUUAUUACCAUGUUUAAUAUAUAUUGGAUUAUUUACCAUAUAGUUGAGGGGGUGUGAAGAAGGGGCGGGCUGAUAUUGAUAACAUAAGUUUUUGCAAGUGUCAGUAUUGAAAAAUCCAUGCAUAUGUCUUGAAAAUCAAAAGCUAUAAACAUUAUAUAUAUAUAUAUAUAUUUAAAGUGUGUUCCUACUGGAUACCAGAUAAUUCACACUGGGAAAAAACCUUAUGAAUGUAAUCAUUGGGGAAUUGCUUUUUGAAAUGGGGAAUCAUUUACUCUACAUCAGAGAAUCCACACUGGAGAGACACUUUAUGAAUCAACUAUGAUGCAAUUAACUAUUCUCCACAAUACAAUGAUCCAAGACAAUUCCAAAAGACUCAAAAUGGAAAAUGUUGUCCACAUACAGAGCGAAUUACAGUCUAAAGAGGAAUUAAAGCAGAGUAUUUUAACUUUUUUUUCCCCCAUCAUGUCUUUUCUUUUGGGUUCUGAUUCUUCUUUUUCAACACAACUAAUGUGGAAAAUGUUUAUCAUGAUCGUACCUGUAUAAUCA